AUGCGCUCCCAAUCGCUUGUCGUCGCCGCUCUGGCCGCCUCCGUCUCGGCCCACGGCCUUGUUGUGUCCAUGGAUGGCGCCAACGGUGUCACCAUGCCCGGUCUGACCGUCGCUGACGGCACUCCCCGUGACUGCUCUUCCAACGGCUGCGGCUCCCAGGCCGAUACCGCCAUCAUCCGUGACCGCGAGAUCGCUUCCGGCGAGGUCGGCCCUCUCGGCCGCACUCAGGGCAACGGCCCCGUCACCGCCGAUGUCAUGAUCAACAACUUCAUGGGCGGUGCCUCCGCACCCAAGAACAACGGCGCCGCUUCCGGUGUCGGCCAGGAGGAUAACAUCCCCAACACCGCCAAGCGCGCCGAGCUUCACGUCCGCCAGGGUCUCGCCGGCCUCUUCGGUGGUGGUGGCAAGAACAAGGGCAACAAGCAGAACGGUCCCCCCGAGGCCCGCGUCGCCGCUACCGCCGGUAUGGGUGCUGCUCAGGGCAUGCCCACUUGCGCCGACGACGGCACCAUCAACUUGACCUUCCGCCAGAUCAACCAGGAUGGUGCCGGUCCCUUGACCGCCGAUGUUGACGGUACCUCCGGAGGUACCAAGGAGGAGGCUUUCCAGAGCGCCCAGGUCACCCAGGAUGUUCCGGGACUCGGUAUCCAGGGUCUGUCUCUGGCCACCAACACCGACUUCCCCGUCAAGAUCCAGAUGCCCGCCGGCAUGACCUGCGACGGCAAGGUCGGCAUGGCCUCCAACGUCUGCGUUGCCCGCGUCCGCAACGGCGCCGCCGCCGGCCCCUUCGGUGGCUCCGUCGCCUUCACCCAGACCGCCGCCGGUCGCAAGCGCGCCGUCGCCUACCGCCUCAAGAAGCGCAUGGAGAUCAACAACCGCGUAUAA